CAAAAUUGAAAUACGAAAUUACAAAAAUUAAAAUAGAAAAUAAAAUACAGAAGUAAAAUAUAGAACUAAAAUCAAGAAGAAGAAAGGCACUGCCCAAUUUGGCAUUAACGGUUUUUAUAAUAAGAAGAAUACAUAAAAAAAAAAAUGAUAUGCUCAAGCAAUAUAUACAACUUGGCAUGAGCGACGAUAAGUGUUUCAGAAACAGUUUAACAAAACUGAUUUGAUGUUCAGUGUGGUGGUUCUCACAAGUGUAAUGUGAAAUUAUCAUCUCUGGAUAAUAUGUGUUUAAAGAAUAAUAAUAAUAGUAAUAAUAAAAGAAUCGUAAAUGAAAAAAGGGUAAAAAAAAUUACAAGAUGAGGAAUACGAAUAGAAUGAAGAGUAGUAGAAAUACAAAGACUAGUAAAAGAAUAAAAAAAUAGCUAAGAGCAAAAGAAAAAAAGAACAAAGAAUAACAGUGAAUGUAAUCCCAAUGUAAAUGCAUUGGAAAAAAAGCGAAGGGAUUUUCUCAAAGAAAAAAAGGGAUCAAAAGAAAAAGUCCGAGUACUCUUGGAAUACAUAUCGAUAUAGGAUUUGAUGUUUCUUCUUAACGAGGGAGAAAGAAAAAUGUCUUCUAUAAUGAGUGUUUAAUGUGUUGUGCAUAGGGUGUAUUAUUCAAAAGUGUGUUUAUAUAAAACACAAAAAUAAAAAAUUGGUUCAAAAAAAAAAAAAAGUGGCGGAUGAAGAAGAAUCGAAAAUGCAGUGUUUUGUUGGCAUUUAGUGUCGUUUAAGUGGGAGCCUCUGCCGAGAGGUUCCUUAUUAGUGUACGAGGCUGGCGAGCGCGAUGUGGCAAAGCGGGGGCAUGGGCACCCAUGCGGCCAACAACCCAUGGAUGAAAUUAAUGGGUAUUGUGCACAGCAAGGAACGAAGACAUCACGAAUCUGGUACCGGUUCUGGAACGCAAGCAACUGGAACCAAUCUCAAUGUCGAACGAGGUCUCAAUCAAUCGCUGCCAAAGCUCAGCAGCCAGGACGAAGAUGGGCCAAACGCUCACACCCAAUACACAGGCGUCACACACUUCGAGCCCAUACCACACGAUCAUGACUUUUGCGAGAGGGUCGUCAUCAACGUGAGCGGACUAAGGUUUGAAACGCAACUGCGUACAUUGAACCAAUUUCCGGACACACUGCUUGGCGACCCGGCAAGGCGGAUCCGUUAUUUCGAUCCGCUUCGCAAUGAAUACUUUUUCGAUCGGAAUCGACCCUCUUUCGAUGCGAUUCUCUAUUACUAUCAAAGUGGUGGAAGACUUCGCCGUCCAGUCAACGUACCCCUCGAUGUCUUCUCCGAGGAGAUUAAGUUUUACGAAUUGGGAGAGUUGGCCACGAAUAAAUUUAGGGAAGACGAAGGAUUCAUCAAAGAAGAAGAAAAGCCGCUUCCGUCGCACGAAUAUCAAAGAAAAGUUUGGCUGUUAUUCGAAUAUCCAGAGAGUUCGCAGGGAGCGAGAGUCGUUGCCAUUAUAUCCGUGUUCGUGAUUCUCCUCUCGAUUGUAAUAUUCUGUCUGGAAACGCUUCCCGAAUUCAAGCAUUACAAAGUGUUCAACACGACGACGAACGGUACAAAAAUCGAGGAGGACGAAGUGCCGGACAUUACGGACCCGUUCUUCCUAAUAGAAACUAUUUGUAUAAUCUGGUUCACAUUCGAGUUAUCGGUGCGCUUCCUCGCCUGUCCAAAUAAGCUAAACUUCUUCCGAGACGUUAUGAACAUCAUCGAUAUCAUCGCCAUCAUUCCGUAUUUCAUCACAUUGGCAACCGUCGUUGCCGAGGAGGAGGACACGCUUCAUUUGCCGAAGGCUCCGGUCAGCCCUCAGGACAAAAGCACGAAUCAGGCGAUGUCCCUCGCCAUUCUCAGGGUGAUACGACUGGUCAGGGUGUUUCGAAUAUUCAAACUGUCCAGGCAUAGUAAAGGUCUUCAAAUUCUCGGCCGAACUCUAAAGGCCUCCAUGCGAGAGCUCGGUCUGCUCAUUUUUUUCCUUUUUAUCGGAGUGAUACUGUUCAGCUCGGUGGUCUACUUUGCUGAGGCCGGAUCGCAAGACAGUUUCUUCAAAUCAAUUCCAAAUGCAUUUUGGUGGGCGGUGGUCACAAUGACGACCGUCGGCUACGGGGACAUGAGGCCCGUUGGUGUCUGGGGGAAAAUUGUCGGUUCAUUAUGCGCGAUUGCUGGUGUAUUGACGAUCGCUCUUCCCGUUCCUGUCAUCGUUUCCAAUUUCAACUACUUUUAUCAUCGUGAGACUGAUCAAGAGGAAAUGCAGUCGCAGAAUUUCAAUCAUGUGACUAGCUGUCCUUAUCUUCCUGGCACACUAGGUCAGCAUAUGAAGAAGAGCUCGAUGUCGGAGUCGUCAUCGGACAUAAUAGAGUUUGAGGAGGGUCUUACAAUAACUCCCCAUGCGGAGGUUACGAAAAAACCCAUCUACAAUCCUAACCAUAACAAUAACAUCAACGUAGCCUGCAUGAUCGUUGAGACUGACGUCUGACUACUAGCGAAGGAGACGGUGGAAACGUGGUGGCUGGUACUAGAGGAAUUGUUGAAGAGAAGCCAUUCCAUGCGGUUCCUGGUAUAGGGCUUUCUACUCGAGUCAAAAGAGAACGGACAGAUGAGUGACUGUCCAUUUUUAUGCAAAACGAGAAAAAAAAAGAGGAAGAGGAAAAAAAAUUGGUUCUAACCGGAACAGAAGGGAAAAAUGCAUUCGCAUAAUAGUCCUAAUGAUAGAUACGCUUGUUAGGCGCGCACCCCCCGAAGGGAUCUACAGACAUGAAAAUCACUUUUGCGCCCCACACCACCGACUCCAGUGUUCAAAAAAAAAAAAAAAAGAAAAAAACGAAUCUCCGUAACGCCCGCUCUCACUCUUUCAAACUCCCAUCCCCCCGAAAAAAAGAAGAAAGAAAGGGAGAAAGAAGAAUUUUCAAUUAUCAAGUGAGUCACGGCAAAAAAAAUCGGAGCCAUACCAGAUAAUACUUAUUAAUACUAUUAUUAAAGAAAAGAAAAAAAAACUACAUAAUAUUAUUAAUUAAUUACUAGUCUAAGAAAAAAAAAAUAAAGCGAUGUUAUACGUCUUAUGAGCGAGUUAACGAAAAAAAAAGAAAACCAAGAAGACUAUAGAUACGCGUUUUAUGGCAGUGAAAUUUUUUAAAAAAACAA